AUGUACAAUAACCUAUAUAAAUCGGAUCCCUCGUUCGUGACGAGCACCCAAAAUGCGGCUUGCCCUGCUGCUCUUUAGUUGGCUGUUCUGCUUGGCUUUUGGCCACAUCAAUGGAACACAGGCGUAUUCACCACCAAAGGCACCACUGCCUCUGCCACUUCCAGACGCGAGUCACAGGCGUGCUCCACCACCAUCACCACCACUUAGACCAAUACCCAGACCACCUCCUCCAAGGCCAAAACUACCGCCACCCAGGCUAACGCCACUGCCUUUAGACCGACACCACCGCGAUUUGUUAGACCUCCUACUGCACCACCCUUCAGGAGGCCAACUAUUCCUCCACCCAGGCCCACCAGAAGACUUCCCAUCACAAGACAACCCACCAGGAGAAUCCCGAAACCACCAGUUACCCGCAGACCCACCGCCAGGCAAACUCGCCCACCUGCAGUGCGAACCACUCGAAAGUUUCUGAUCUGGUCACGAGCACCAACCAGAUUGCUACCGACUAGACCAAACAUAAGGCCCACCCUGUGGACCAGACCUCCAGUGCGUCCUCCAUUGCCCACGGUGCAUCCAACACGCUCAAGAGUUGGUCCCACUCUAUGGACAAGACCUCCCAUAAGAGUCACAGUACGACCCACCAAUAGACUCAACCCUAGACCCACAAUUAGGCCCACCAUUCGAGCCACUCUAUGGACACGACCUCCAGUAAGACCUUCAAGCCCCACACGAAGUCCAGUUAGAGCUACGAAUCCCACUUUACCGCGAUCCACCUUAUGGACCCGACCUCAAGUUAGAACUACUAGACGACUGACUUUUAUUUUCAACGAACCCACAAGAGAGCUUCCCACACCACGACCCAUUCCAACCACUAGAGCUCCACAUCCGGACAUAACUCGAUCCACAAGAAGUUUGAUAUUCAUAUUUCCCAGGGACCCACGUCUAUAG